AUGAUACGAAGCUAUCGAUCAAAAUGUCGCAAAAUUCAAGAAGAACUAGAAUUUCUCAAUAAUAAUCGAGCAACUAUUUUGAAUUCUGUUAAACCAUUAAAUGAACCAGUUCUUGAUACAAAUAAUGUACUAAAAAGUUCAUCUGUUCCUUCUUCUAAUUUAACGAAGUCAAAUGUUUUGGACUCUGGUGAAAAUUAUAUUUUUGACACAAAACAAAAAAGUAAUAUUUUCAUUGAAAAUCCAAUUGUAAAUCAAUGUGUUGAAUCUACCUAUGAUAUUACUAAUAAUGUUGGAACCAGCCCCACCACAUAUAAUUUUAAAAACGAUUCUGAAAGAUUAAAAUUAAAUUUAGCAAACUGGGCAAUUGAACGUAAUUUUGCACAAAAUACAGUGAAUGAUCUUUUAUCAAUUUUAAAACAACACAAAUGUUUUGAAGAAAUUCCAAGUGAUUGUAGGACAUUAUUAAGUUCUAGUUCAUCAAAAACAAAAGAUAUCAGGGUUGUUAAUCCAGGGAAUUAUUAUCACUUUGGCUUAAAAAGAGGAAUUGAAAAUACUUUAAAGCGUGUCAAGAUUGAAGGUAACAUUAAAGUAGUUGUUGGAAUAGAUGGCUUACCAUUAUCAAAAAGUAGUUCUAGCCAAUUCUGGCCCAUUUUAGCAUACCUAGACCCAUACAAAGGGUAUAUAUUUUUGAUUGGUCUAUACCAUGGACAUAAAAAACCAGCAGAUAGCAAUGAUUUUUUAAGACAUUUUAUAGAAGAAGCAGAAGAUUUAGUUAGAAAUGGCAUUUAUUUAGAUAAUAAAAUAAGAACAGUUUCUAUACAUUCAAUUUGUGCUGACGCCCCGGCAAAAAGUUUCAUUAUGAAAAUCAAAGGACAUACUGGUUAUUUUUCCUGCACCAGGUGUCUUGCAGAGGGUGAACAUGUCGGAAGUACUUGUUUUCCAUUUAAAGAAAGUAAUUGUAGAGAAAGAACACAUGAAGGUUAUAUUAACAAAAGUCAAGAAAAACACCAUGUAGGUGAUUCAUUAUCUGAUUUGAUACGUAUUCCGGGUUUUGACAUGGUAAAAUCAUUUCCCUUAGAUUAUAUGCACCUAGUGGCAUUAGGAGUUAUGAGGAAACUUAUUCAUUUUUGGUUGCAUAAAGGUCCUUUGACUGUACGUUUACCAAGUUGGAAAAUUAAAAAAAUUAGUACAAAUUUAAUGUUUCUUAAAUCUGCAAUAACUAAUGAUUUUGUACUAAAACCAAGACUAAUUCAAGAUGUUAGUCAUUGGAAGGCUACCGAGCUUCGUCAGUUCUUAAUUUAUACCGGACCACUUGCCUUGAAAAAUGUACUUAAUGAUAAAGUUUAUAAUCAUUUUAUGUUUCUGAAUAUUGCAAUGACUAUUUUAUUGAGUUCAAAUAUUGAUGAAAAAUUAUUGAAUUAUUCUGAUAAACUCUUAAAGCAUUUUGUUAAAAAAUUUGAAGAAAUUUAUGGUUCAAAAUAUAUAUCACAUAAUGUUCAUGGAUUGUUACACAUAUCUCAAGAUUAUAAACGCUAUGGGUCUCUUGAUUUUUGUUGUUGUUUUCCGUUUGAAAAUCAUAUGAAAAUUUAA